CAGUACAAGAAAAUACAAGAUGCCUACACUGGACAAAGAUAAAGGAAUUACAGAUGCAGUAGAAUAUUUUGUUAAGGAAGAGAGAAUAAAGAAGAGGGGAAAUGUACAAUUGUCUGAAGCCCUGGAAAUAUUGGAGAGGGUUUCAAAAAGUCGAGGCCUUUCUGCUGACGAUAUUAAUGCACUUUGUGAAGUUGCAGCCAGCGGUCGACAUGGUGAUGAUAUCAGUUGUAAGCUAAUAAGAUGCCUGAUUCCAACCAAGGAGUUUCCAGACAGGGCUGUAAUGGUUGCUAUAUCCUACAUCUGUACCAACAUCCCAUCAAGCAAAAUCCAGGCUAUGCUUUUGAGGUUACUGAUUGCUGUAUAUGACUACAUCGAUAAAAAGGAAACAAUCCAGAAACUAGGAUACCUGCUUUUCUGUUUUAUUGAGAACUCCAUCCUGACGCCUUAUAUCUGUUAUCUACUGUACCUGUUAACAAGAAAGGAAGAUGUGAGACUGUUCCGAGUUAGAAAGCUUCUAGAUUUACAAACUAAACUGGGUCCCCAGCCAUACCUUAUUGGACUGUUGUCAAUUUACAAAUUGUACUUUCCCAACCUGGUGUCCAUUGUCAUUCCAAGUACCAAAAAGCACUUUUUCCCCACCAGAGACAGACAGUGGUGCUCCAUUAUAAGAGAAGUUCAGGAGGGAAACCAGAAUGUAGAGACGUCUCACAUGAAGCUGUCACUGGAGUUAUCCGAGAAACUUAGAGCCGCAGAGACCACAAUGCUACAGGGAAUUCCGCCUGCCAAGAGGAGGAAGGUUGACCCCAUUCCAGUGGUCCAUUCCAGCAGCUCUAAUCUGACGGUGAAGAUGUCCAGUCGACUGAUAGCCAUGCUAGAGGAGAAACCAGUUCCAUUCGUACAGAUACCAGACAUAGAGACAUUACUGAGGAACCCAGAUAAAGUAGAGUUACCAAGCCAGAUUGGUGCGGCAUUGAGGAGUCCAUUGCUUCAGUGUUUUAUGUCGUACAGUGCCGACCCCCUUAUGACCUGUCGCUUUUCUUACUGGCUCCAGGACACCCUCUGUGAUGAACUACUGGAUAGCACAGUUACCUCCUCUUGUUUCCCAAGAAUCGAGUCCAUACUAGAGAAACUUAUACAGUUCACAGAGUUUAUUCAGGAAGGUAUUCCAGCUGUGGAUCAGAUUUUAUUCCGGUAUCUUCAGGUUUGGAAUGGAAUGGAUUUUAGACAACAGGUGUUCAGGCUAAUCACCAGAUGCAGACUUUACCCCUUCUCAUUAUUAAAUGAAUAUGUUUUGGAACCAUUGAGGAAACUGUAUAUUAGAACUUCAGUAUUUAUUAAGUGCCAGAUAACCAUGUGUUUGACACAGCUGUUGCGUAAUUAUGUAGUGGUGGAAAUACACAGAUAUAAUCAGAAAUAUCCCCAAUCAAAGCCAAGUGUGUCCAUCUUUGAAGAUGACGUAGGAACAUUUGACCCACUAUCCACAAUUCAAGGACUAAUUCAGUUUGUGGACAGACUUAACUGUGCCGGCCUGACCCUGGAAAACAACCACAUUCUCCUCCUCCACUUCACUCUCACCUUCAGUGAAAUGGUAUCCACAUUGUAUACCCGAUAUGAAGUACCAUGUGUAUAUUUGCCAAGUCGACACAUCAUCAGUGCCUUUCUGACUGAUAAUGCAAUGGGUCCUGCAAGAUUAUGUGGAAUUGUUAAUAGAUACAAGGUUAACUGCCAGAAACUAAAAAAUGACAUGAAAAGUAACGAGAAAGAGGCUGCCAGACAUCAGAUGAAGGAGACGGUUCACAGUUUGAACAUUCUAAUUAUGGACCUCUGUGACACACUGUGGAGGAGGAAGGCAUUCACACAUGGACGGAGUGACUCUUACUUUCACUUUGAGUCGGGUAUUCUGGAUGUGGGCUCAAAUGAUGGUCUCUCCUUAUAUCUUCAUCAAGCAUUUCUUCCAUUCUCUCUGCUGUUUCUGAAGGAGACACAGCCAAAGGAACACAUUGGACACCCACGAGGAAUCCAGGAGAUCCGAGACACAUUUAUGGAAUUUUUACAAAGAGAGAACAUCAAUGAAGUCAAGGAAUUCAUAAUGAGCACAAUAACUCGAUACCGACUCAGUUCAUCUACUGUUAUCUGAGGAACAAUAACUCAAUAUAGACUCUCUUCAUCUACUGUUAACUGACGACGAAAACACAAGUUAUGCUAAGAAAGCAAUGAAGGCUGUGUAAUCUUUUUAUUGAACUCAUUCAAUGAAAUAUAUCAUUUACUGUUUCACAAAACUGACACAGGAAGUGAAUUUAAAUUUUAAAAUUUGAAUCAAGUUAAUGAUUGAAAAUAGGAAUAGAAAAGGGGAGGCAAUAAUAUUGAUGAUCUAUGUUGAAGAUUGAAGUUAGAUUUCAAUGUAGAAUACUCUGUAGUGAAAACUUCUAUAAAUGAUGCUCUCUAUUUUGUAUAAUGUGCACUGUAAAGUAUCAUGGGCAAAGUAUAAACAUACUUAUAAUGUACACUUUACAGUAUCAUGGGCAAAGUAAAUAUACAAUAUACACUUUACAGUAUCAUGGGCAAAGUAAACAUACUUACGAUAUACAUUUUACAAUAUCAUGGGCAAAGUGAACAUACUUACAAUAUACACUUUACAGUAUCAUGGGCAAAGUAAACAUACUUACAAUAUACACUUUACAGUAUCAUGGACAAAGUAAACAUACUUACAAUAUACACUUUACAAUAUCAUGGGCAAAGUAAACAUACUUACAAUAUACACUUUACAGUAUCAUGGGCAAAGUAAACAUAAUAAAAUUUUGUUUAAAAAAAAAGGGGGGGGCAGAAAUCUUAAUCUGUCUAUAUGUUGUCUAUCUUUCUUCAAGUCUGCCAUACUUUGUUUUUUUAACUAUAAACCUCAAAGGUUGGUUAUGAUCAGAGAACGUGUCAUGAUCCUGAACCAAGGUCAUUAGGACAAAGUCAUAAUUCAGGGUUCUAAAGUUUAUGUUAUUAAAUAGACCAUAGCAGCAUUUAAUACAUGCUUAGCACACAAAGGAUGAUGAUGACCAGAGAGUCUUUACUAGAACAAAGGUCAUUGAUACAAGCUUUCAGAGUUCUAAAGAGUGAAUUUCAAAGUGUCCUGCAGGGGGUAUUAGUCCUCUAGGAAUUUUAUCUGUUGCACAAACUACAUGUAUUUAUACAAGUACACUACAUGUAGGGUAAACAUUGUAAAUUUGGAAUGAGGAUAUUAUGUAUUAACUUUUUAAGGUUAUUUUAAAAUAUAAUAAUUUACUGUUAUCUGUUGAAGGUAUAUG